GAAGGUCCGGAUGGCUCCAAUUUGUUUAUCUAUCAUUUGCCUCAAGAGUUUGGAGACCAAGAGCUCAUGCAAAUGUUUGUAGGAUUUGGUAAUGUCAUUUCAUCAAAAGUUUACAUUGACAAACAAACCAAUCUCAGCAAAUGUUUCGGAUUUGUGAGUUAUGACAGUCCAACAUCAGCACAAAAUGCCAUACAGGCAAUGAAUGGAUUUCAAAUAGGAGUGAAGAGGCUGAAAGUCCAACUAAAACGGCCCAAAUCAGAU